AUGGAGUCCGAGCCGUCCAUGGACUUCCUGGCCUCGCCCGUCCUCGCCGCCCACCACACCCCAGCAUCGUCGUCGGCGAGCCUGGCGGCAACACGCCGGAGCUCACCGUCAGCAGCCAGUCUAGCAUCUGCUAGUAACAGUGAUCUGUUCAGCGAGCAUGUUGGUGGUGACGAGAACGCAUCGGUCUCGUUUCUCGGUGAGCAGCUGCCGGCGGCAGCCCGCCGAGGCGGUGGCAGGGCCACGGGCAAGACCACCCGCGACGACUCGGUUUCACUCUUUGAUCUCCCGUCGGUCGCCUCCAUCUCCGCCAUCAACGGCGGUGGCGAGUCGCCGCCACGCCCGCCGUCGUCUUUGCUCCACAACUCGGUGGCGUACUCGCCGCCUUCGUCAAAGUUCAAGGCGUUUGAGGAGAAGCUGAAUAAGCUCCGGGAGGCCGAGCGCGGCCUCGCCCAGCGGCCAGCUGCGCCAUCGCCGGCGCCCAAGGCACCGCUGCUCGAGUCAGCUGCCUCUGAAACCGGAAUCUCGUUGCGGCGGCAUCCGCGGACGGUGCUGCGGCCGGAUCAGCGCCCGCCGUCGCCGCCGGUUGUGCCCAUGCUCCGCCCGUCGUUGGUGACCGAGACCCGGGCGACGUCGAUGCGGCUCGACGGAUCGGCCAAGGCCAAGGCGGCUACAGACACUCUCGAUACGCCCAAGGAGGCCCAGCUCGGCGAUCCGUACGCCCGCAAGGUUGGGCCGAAGCACCUUCCCGCCCCUCCCAAGCACCUCGCCAUGGUCCACGCCCCACCGACCUUUGGCACCGCACGCGUCGACAGCUCGGGCCAGCCCCGCAAGCUCGACAAGGCACGGGCGCGCGGCAAGGCCUCCGAGUCCGAAUCAGCCUCGCUCUUCCAGCUUCCGCGCUCAGGCCUUCUCCAUCCGCCGGCCAACGAGGGUACCGGCGGCUCGACGGUGGCAGCGCUGGCCAAGGCCGAGGCCAGGAGCCAGGCGUCGUCGCCAGCGCGGCGGGAAAGGGUCUACCGCGACGAGCCGCGGCUGGCGUUCUCACCAUCGGGCAAGACACGCCAACGGAUGCCCAACAUGCGGCCGGCGCCGAGCGUGACGGCGUCUGUGGCAAGCCGCGGCCAGCCAUCAGCAUCGGAGCUUGUUGCAUCCUGGAGCGCUGAGCUUCAAAAAGAGACCAAGACCCGGACCGAUGUGUUCAAAGCCCCGAAUCUUCUUACGUCGCUGCCUUCGGUAUUUGAUCGUGCGGGCGAGAAGGCGUCGUCGGCGCCGCCGGCACCGGCGGCUACUGCGCGCGCCACGGUCUCAUCCACGCUCGGCUUUGCGCCGCCGGUGAUUGCACCGCAGCCGCGAACUGUGACAACCCGCUCGUCGCGGCGACCGAGUCAGGCUCGUCCAGGUGUUGGUGGUGCACCACCACCACCGCCGACGUACCAGGCCCGGAUCCGGGCCCAGCUUGCUGCCGGGGGCCGUCCGCAGACCAGUAGUGGGCUUAUGCCUCCGGCUCCGCCGCCGCUGUUUGACGCCGUUAACGCCGCGCUUGGGGUCUCACGGGCCGACGGCGCCAAGACGGCGCGGUCGACAGAGUCUGACCUCGCCAAACUUCACAACGACUUUCUGCGCAAGCUCGACUCGGGCCCGUUUGCCGCAGAGACUGUCAAGAUCAAAAAGCGGUCGGUGAUCGGUGGCAAGCUCGGUGGCGGCAUCAUGUCGUCGCGGCCAGCGAGCUCGGCGGCGCCGCAGCGGGCGCGGACGUCGUCGCCGGUCAAGCGCGCGCUGGUCUCAGCUUUCAAGUCGCCGGCGCUGAUCAAGCAGGCCGAGACCGAUGCGCACUUUCGGGGUGCGCGCGACCUGACCACAGCGUUCACCCAGCCGCGACACGUUGCGGCCUCGUCAGACUCCAAGGGAGUGGCCAAUGCAUACGGCGCCCUUGGCAACCGCACACGGGCGCUGCCGUCAUGGGAUCCGCCGCAAGCUCGAUCGUCGGUGGCGGCGUCCAGCGCCGCACGCACGCGCACAUCCCGCAGCAGGCCGCACACGUCCGGCGGGACUGCUCGCACUGUCUUUGAGCCGCCGUCGCGGUCCAAACUCCUCGAGGAGCGGCUCGAUCGGCCGUACCCGACCGGAACCUCCCGAUCGGGCACCGGAGCCGCCACCAGCCGAAAGUAUCGGGUCCCAGUUUCGGCUAUAGCCUCACGCGUCUCAUCGGCCUUUGCCGCCUCCACCGUGAGCACCACGACCCAGUCGUCGUCGCGGAUGCCCCGUUCGCGCGUUCCGCUGACCUCACGCUACUCUCCGCAGCACAAGAUCAAGAGCCUGGGUCUCUUAAUGUCCGAGGUUGAUGUGCUGGCUGCCGGUGAUUACGACGAGGUGCAGAAGGAGCUGAUGGCGGAGGAGUGCAUCCUCCUCGACGAGGCUGACAACGUGGUGGGCAAGGAGUCGAAGAAGACGUGCCAUCUCAACACGGUGAUCGAGGAGAAGGGUCUGCUCCAUCGGGCCUUCUCGGUCUUCCUCUUCAACUCGGAGGGCAAGCUCCUGCUCCAGCAGCGCGCCGACGAGAAGAUCACCUUCCCGGGCUACUGGACCAACACCUGCUGCUCGCACCCGCUCUACCGCGAGGCCGAGCUUGCCGAUGACGGCGAUGCGCUCGGGGUCAAGCGUGCGGCGAUCCGCAAGCUCGAGCACGAGCUUGGCAUUCCGGCCGAGGAGGUGCCGCUCGAGGCCUUCCACUGGCUCACCCGCCUGCACUACAAGGCUGCGUCGGACGGCCUGUGGGGCGAGCACGAGAUCGACUACAUCCUCAUGUGCCAGCUCGACAUCGACACCAUCAAGCCGGUGGCCAACGAGGUCAAGGACAUCCGCUAUGUGUCCAAGGACGAGCUCGUUGAGCUCCUUGCCCAGGCCGACGCUGACGAGUCGGGCGAGCUCAAGAUCACCCCGUGGUUCCGCCUCGUCGUCGACAACUUCCUCCUCCCCAAGUGGUGGGACCAGCUCGACAACCUGGAGUCGGUCAUGGACAAGGAGACCAUCCAUCGCCUUGGCCCGGGCUUCGACAACUAAUCGGCGCAA